AUGUCACUCCGCAAAACUUCUUGUCGAGCAUGUGUGGCUGCCAAGCGUCGGUGUGAUCAUGAGGCGCCCAGUUGCUCUCGCUGUCGCAAGAAAUCUAUUGCUUGUCACUAUCCAUAUCCGCCUCCGCAAGCUAAGGGCGAUCAGACUCUAGCACUCGAUUCGCAGAUAGAGUCCAGAUUUGAGUUGGGUCCGACUGCCUCGGGCAGCCGCGAACUCGCCCCGGUGGAGGACUGGAUAGAACAAUUCACGAUCGCCGAUCAAGGAGACAACCUUCUUAACCCAAUGUGGUUCCUAGAAGGCCCCAUUACUUCGGGUCAAGGCUUGGGCAUUCCUCAAGGGGCAUCAGGCUGGCUUGCCCUUCCCAGCUCAGCAGAUAGUUUUACUUCGGCAUUACCCCGACUUGAACGCCGAGUCUUGGAGUUUUGGCCCCGUGUUCAUGACAGUGAAACCUGGGGAUUUUGCAUGAGCACGUUUCUCGGUUACGUUGACCAUUUCUUGGAUACUGGUGCAUUGUCAUUUCUAGGGCCACUGCUCGAUCACUCAUCAGAUCUUCCGCCUCUUCUGCGUGAAGCGUACGGGGUAUGCGCAGCAUAUCGAGCAUGCAAACACGCAAAGAAGCCCUUUUACCACCAACUUCUGAACGCAGGCGUCAAUAACAUGAGCCUCAGUACCCCAACUCCAAGUGACUUGCAAGGCCAAUUGGACCGUAUUCAAGCCUUGGUUCUUUACUAUAUCCUUUUUCUGGCUGGUGGCAUCAACGACAAGCCGCUUCUUCGACAACUACACCGUAUGUUGGCGCAGGGCACUGCCGACUUAGAGCGUAUGGAACUAGCAAGUCGCCAGACAGCCCAAUACAAGACACAAUCGGGCUCUCACCAUUCUGAAAGUCAUCUGAAUGACUGGUUGCUCUGCGAAAGUGCUCGUCGACUGAUCAUGAUUUCGUAUCUCGUGCGCGCUGUUCACUCCGUGAUCCAGUCCCAGAGAUGCGACUAUAUCAAAUAUCUGGCGGGGCUACCGGUUUCGACGAAAUCAUACGCGGAGCUUUGCUGGGAGGAAUUCAUCCAUGAAAGGGAGCAAAGCUCCGCGAAAUCAAUCUCCGGAGUCAUUUCGUAUGAUGAAUUUGUGAGAGACUGGGAGCAAGGAGGACUUGUGCAAGUGGAUGAGUUCAGGCACUUAUUGCUGGUGGCGUGUAAAGGGUUGGGUUCUGUACAGGAAAGAACAAAAGAGCUGGUUGGGACCUUUGAUGAUUUCAGGCAUACUUAG